AUGGGACCCAGCGCAAAUGCAUUCUCAGCCCAUGUUUACGGCCGGGCUGCCAAUAGCAUUCCCGUGGAAAAAGCUCUGCCUAAGGAUCUGUUGAAGUUGCAGCGUGUAGAGUUCCAUCACCUUGUUACCAUCACAGAAAUCAACACUGUAUAUGUUUCUAACAGCAUCCUCAACAUAAGAGCCUGCACAUUUGGCUCUCACUACUUUGUGGAGGUUGAUAUUGUUCUUCAUGUUGAUAUGCCUCUGCAAGUGGCUCACGACAUUGGAGAGUUGCUACAAGAGAAGCUCGAGCUGCUUGAUGAGAUCGAACGAGCUUUUGUGCAUCUUGAUUACGAGUAUACUCACAAACCCGAGCACCCUAGAUCCCACUGUUAG